UUUUUUGUGACAUUUCUCCAUUUUCCUCCCCGCACGUCGUUUCCGAUAGCUUGAACUGGCGAGAACACACGUAGAUUUCUGACUAUACCUACGCGUUGCUAGUCAGUGAACGUCGGACGGGCAAGAAGGCAAAUUAAAAGGAUAACGAAGCGUUUUGCCUGUUUUAUAGUGUGGGUUUUCGUUGCAACCACUAAUUAUCAAGUUACAGAUUGAUGACAAUACUGGUCAAGGUACUUAACCGUUCGCUGGCUCCAAUAGGCUCUUUACAGUUGAUACACUGCUCGCAGAAGGACCACGACUAGGUCUUUGCCACGGAGUGGUAGUUUCAAACUGUUCCAAUAUUGCAUUACCUGAAAUAAUACAUUGAUGCUGCUCACUGAAAAAGGAUAUAAUCGAGAGGACACGACUUUCUUAACUUAUUUAUUUAAAAAAAUUGGCCAGGUUGUGCCUUUUGACGACCAAGUGACAUUGUGUUACACAAGAUAUGGGAAUUGCCGGCUUGAGGUUCGGCUUAGCAAUAUUAUGGUUCACGUGUUUUGGAAUUUCUCAAUAUGUACUCGGAAAGGGGUGUGGAAAAGCAGGUGACACAAAAGCUUCAGUUGAUCUUCUUUUUCUAAUCGAUGGUUCUUGGAGUGUUGGAGCCGAUUUCGCUAACCAGCUGUCGUUUGUGAAAAAUGUCAUAGAAGAGUAUGGCGGGAUUAGUGACACAGGCGCCCACGCUGGGGUCCUUGUCAUUAGCACAUCGCCUCGUACAGAGAUCAAACUCAAUGAGUAUAAUAGCAACGAGGCUUUUAUGGCUGCCCUCCAAAGGGUACAAUACCCACGAGGAGCAACAAGACUAGACAUAUCGCUAGUCGAGGCCGAACGAGAAUUCACCGAAUAUGGCAGAAAAGGGGUGCCAAAAAUUAUGUAUCUUCUCAGUGAUGGUAUCCAGCCUACUGAAAGAACUACUCGCAAAGAUCUGAUAAAGCGCCUUACGGAUAGAGGUGUGCAAGUUUUUGCAGUGGCUGUUGGAAAAGAUCUUGACGUAAAUGCGCUGAGGAGCUUUGUUAAAAGUGCAGACGAUCUUUUGCUGCCAGCCAGUGGCGCAGAAUUGGCUACAAUGUCUUUAGCAAAGAGGGUCGUGGGAAAAUUGUGCAACUUUGUUGGAAGAAAAGCUGAAUUAGGCAAAGCUCUUGGUGCAGACCUUGCAUUUAUAGUCGACCGCGCCAGCCCACUCACAGUGAAGCAAAUUGUUGCCCAAUAUGAAUUUAUCAAGUACCUUGCCAUUGAGUAUUUCAUAUCCCUUGAAUGGGCGCAUUUUGGAGUGAUCGCUGCUGAUGAAACUGCCGAAGCUGCCAUUGAAUUCAGAGAUCACUAUAACAUCGCCGGUUUUAACGCCGCAAUGGACAAGCUAUCAACUUCAGCAGGAGCUGAAUUCAGACUUGACUUGGCCCUUGGUGCCGCUGUUAAUCAACUGUUUACAGCCAGUGCGGGUAUGAGGUCGGAUAAGGCAAGGGGUUUAGUGAUAUGCAUCCCAGCAAAUUUCCAACUGAAAGCAGAGCACAGAGCACAAGUACUUGCCUACCUUCGAGAGUUGCGAAUGCUGAAAGUGAAGAUCUUCCUGAUGCUAAUAAAACCUGUUGGAAUGGCAAUUUCUGAGUUAGCAAACUACACCCUGCCUGCUCGAACCUUUCAACUCGACUCUUUAGAAGUUUUGCAAAAUGCACCAGCAAGAAAACAACUCGAAAGUACCAUCAGAACUCAGUUGUUGAGGAGAGAAAUCGGUGGCACUGGGGAGAUCAUUACAAAAUGUGGUUCCAACAUUGAUCUUGGCUUUCUUUUUGAUGCCUCCGGUAGUUCAAGGAGCUAUUUUGAUGACGCAGUAAAGUUAUCAGAAAGCAUAAUUAAGAGUUUCGAUGUCUCGUCGACUGGAUCUCAUGUUGGCUAUGUGGCAUUCUCGGACUCAGCAAGAAUCAUAACGCCCAUGCACGAGUAUUAUAAUACAGAAAAGCUGCUUGAAGACUUGAAGUCUCUUCCAAAGCCUAACGGAGGAACUCGUCUGGACAUUGCUUUGCAACUUACCCAACGUGAUCUCUUUGGUAAAGACGUGCUCAAAGACAAGAAUCCUAAGUUUCUGUUUAUUUUCACUGAUGGUGUCCAUUCUUCACCAUAUGGCAUUGAUCUCGCUGUCAAACCACUGCAUCUUCUAGGUAUAAAGGUUUUUGUUCUUGCUGUUGGAAUGGACGUCAACUUAAACGAGCUGAGAAAACUGGUUACAAGCAAAGACGAUCUUCAUCAUGCUCUGACUUUCAGUGAACUGAAGAACCCCAGCUUUAGUGCAGGAAUAAGUCAAUCACUCUGCUCUGCAGCAGAACAACUAACUCGCAACUGCAAAGUGAAAUUGGAUAUUGGUAUAGUUCUUGAUGGUUCGGAAAGUAUUGGCAAGAAUAAUUUUGAUAGCUUCAAGAAGUUUGUCGAGAAGUUGAUUGCAUACUUUGGCGUAUCAGACAGUGCAACAAGAGUUGGCCUUGUCUUGUUUGGCAGCAAUGCUAGGAUCGUGUUCAAACUCGGUCAGCUAGUCGCUUAUACCCAGUUCAGACGAGAGCUGAGUAGCUUGCGUUACCCAGGCGGAAGGUCCAGACUCGAUAUCGGAAUGAGCACUGCCAGCAAAAUAUUUGAAAGCGAGAAUGGUGGAAGAGAGGGCAUACCCAAAAUCCUCUUUGUUGUAAGCGAUGGCAUUCAGUCCAUGAGUAGCGGUAUCGCCACCAUUAAGGAUUCUGUUUCAAAGCUGAGGGGAGAUGGUGUCCUCAUUAUCUCUGCAUCGGCAGGACAAAGGCUGAACUUUGGUCUUCUACGAGAGAUUACUGGAGAUAAGACAAGACUUUUCAUUGCUUCAACGUAUGACAACAUGGUAUCUGAAUCCUUCCUGAAAGCAAUAAGUAACACUGCUUGCAAGUUCUCGGCAUCAGCUUACAAGCUCAAAGUGUCGAAAAACAAAAAUUGGAUGCAACCUCUUUCUGGAUCAUGGCAAGACGACGGGAAAGGUGCUUUCUUUGGAUAUCUCUCAGAUACAUCUGACGACGUUUGGCAUUUUGGUGCAUCACGAGUGUGGUCUAAGCCAGUAAAGCGAUCAAGAUACGCAAUUGAAACAAUGAUAAGGCCACAAAACACAGUUGGUUAUGGUGCAUGUGGUCACAUCUGGAGAUACAAACUUGGAUACGAAAGCACACAAAAGGUCGCAAAGCGAGGAUGGGGCUUCUUCUUUUGGUUGAAUAGGUUCAUUUACGUCACAUCGGAGGGCCCAGAAAACAGACCAAAAUUCUUGUACAACUUCAAAUCAGGUGUAUGGCUUAAUGUCACAUCCGUUGUCAAUGGCAAUAGAGCGACAAUUUAUAUAAACGGCACCAAAUUGCCCACUGUAGAGAUGAAAGGUGAUGGGAGCACUGAAGUUGGUGAAAAAUAUGUUGGCUUGUGGUGCCACAAACUUAUCUUCGUCACUGGUGCUAACUUUAAAGUCAAAUCACUGGAUGAGCCAUGCAGGCAGAAUAAUGGUGGAUGCGCACAUAUUUGCAGCGACAACCCUUUCGAACACAGAUGCUCUUGUCUCAAAGGAUUUGCAUUAUCAAAAGAUGGCACAAGUUGCAGCGACAUCGAUGAAUGUGUUGAAGAUAAAGGUGGUUGUUCGGAUACCUGUACGAAUCUGGCGGGCUCUUAUCAGUGCAGCUGUUUGCCAGGACGCUACCUUGCUGCUGAUGGAAAGACUUGUUUAGAUCCACCCAAGUCAAAUUACUCCUUUGUUCUGAAUAUUGACAACCGUCGUAAAACACCAUUGCAACUUUCAUGGAUGGAAAACGGAGAGGAAAAAACUAGAUCUGUUGCUCCGUUGUCUUUCAGUAAAGAGCUAUUCACUUUUUAUGACGUCAAAGCACCUCCUCCAGUGGUUAUCAAGGUAUUUGAUCCUGCUACUGGCCAGGCUCAAGUCAUUGAUGGCUUGGAUGCGUUCACUUACCAACCGUCUUUGCGGCAGCCGGAAGAACUCCUUACCAUUCCAAAUGAAGACCUUUAUUUUGUUAUCAUAAGUGCAAGAAAUCUGGGAUCUAAAUAUGCCACUGUCAGAUGGGAAAUUGACAGCAAGGAAGAAAUGCUUGAAAUGCAGCCCCUGGAUAUCAAAGAAAAAGCGUUGUUAAUAUAUUCUGUCCGUCAGCCAGAACCUAUUGUGUUUACUGUGGUUGACUCUGCAACCAACGAAUUGCUAAAAGUGAACGGUGCAGCCUCCUUCUCAGUUUCACCAAGCCUUGAAAAGAAGAAAGCUAUCCUUUUGUUUGGCGAAGUUGAAGAAUUAAAGCAGUUCUUAACAAAUCUAAAGAUUAUCAACCAUGUAAGUGCAGAGGUGACAAUCAGUUGGAAACAAGAUGGAAAGAAAAAGAAUUUACAAAUACCAUCUAAAAAGAAUGUUUUUCAAACAAUAAUCGUGAAAUCAGAAAGUAAACCAGAUCCAAUUAUCUUUAAAGCAGUAAAUCCUUCUGGGGAGAGAAUUCUCAUCAACGGGAAGGAAGAUGUUGGUGUUGCCUUAAGUCCAUUUGGUACCGACACCACUUUGGAACUAACUGAAGUUGUAGAAACCACUGCUGCUCCAGUUGUUGAAACCACAGCUGCUCCAGUUAUAGAAACCACUGCUGCUAAAGUUGUAGAAACCACAGCUGCUCCAGUUGUAGAGACCACAGCUGCUCCAGUUGUAGAGACCACAGCUGCUCCAGUUGUUGAAACCACUGCUGCUCCAGUCGUUGAAACAACCGCUGCUCCAGUUAUAGAAACCACCGCUGCUCCAGUUGCAGAAACCACCGCUGUUCCAGUUGUAGAAACCACCGCUGCUCCAGUUGUAGAAACCACUGCUGCUCCAGUUGUUGAAACCACAGCUGCUCCAGUUAUAGAAACCACUGCUGCUAAAGUUGUAGAAACCACAGCUGCUCCAGUUGUUGAAACCACUGCUGCUCCAGUUGUAGAGACCACAGCUGCUCCAGUUGUUGAAACCACUGCUGCUCCAGUUGUUGAAACAACCGCUGCUCCAGUUAUAGAAACCACUGCUGCCCCAGUUGUUGAAACCACCGCUGCUCCAGUUGUUGAAACCACUGCUGCUCCAGUUGUUGAAACCACAGCUGCUCCAGUUAUAGAAACCACUGCUGCUAAAGUUGUAGAAACCACCGCUGCUCCAGUUGUUGAAACCACUGCUGCUCCAGUUAUAGAAACCACUGCUGCUCCAGUUGUAGAAACCACUGCUGCUCCAGUUGUUGAAACCACAGCUGCUCCAGUUAUAGAAACCACCGCUGCUCCAGUUGUAGAAACCACCGCUGCUCCAGUUGUUGAAACCACUGCUGCUCCAAUUGUAGAGACCACAGCUGCUCCAGUUGUUGAAACCACCGCUGCUCCAGUUGUUGAAACCACAGCUGCUCCAGUUAUAGAAACCACUAACAGCUGCUGUCAUCCAGUGCAGAACGAUCGACCUUCUGCUCCAGUUGCCAAGAAACCAACCGCUAGCCUCCAUUGUGGAAACCACCGCUGCUUCCAUUUACCACAAACCACCGCUGCUCCAGUUGUAGAAACCACUGCUGCUCCAGUUGUAGAAACCACCGCUGCUCCAGUUGUAAAAACUACUGCUGCUCCAGUUGUAGAAACCACCGCUGCUCUAGUUGUAGAAACCACCGCUGCUCCAGUUGUUGAAACCACUGCUGCUCCAGUUGUUGAAUCCACUGCUGCUCCAGUUGUAGAAACCACUGCUGCUCCAGUUGUAGAAACCACUGCUGCUCCAGUUGUAGAAACCACUGCUGCUCCAGUUGUAGAAACCACCGCUGCUCCAGAUGUUGAAACCACUGCUGCUCCAGUUGUAAAAACUACCGCUGCUCCAGUUGUAGAAACCACCGCUGCUCCAGUUGUAGAAACCACCGCUGCUCCAGUUGUUGAAACCACUUCUUCUACCGCUUCUAAACCUUCCACAGAUAUUGUCACAAGAAGUACACUUGAAGUUGUUGAUUCUUGCCCAAUGUCUAUCACAUGUUUAUCUCACAUUAUGUUAGUAUCUAUUGACAAAUCACAUUUACCUGGCUUUAAUUUGGAUUCUUUGCGUUUGUUUGAUCCUAUGUGCAAGCCUGGAGAAAAUGGAACUCAUGUUUUGAUUGGGGUUCCGUUGAAUGGCUGUGGAACAAGACGUCGCUAUCUUAAUUCUGCAGUUGUUUAUAGUAAUCGUGUUAAAAGCAGAGUAGUUGCUUCUACUAGGGGAAUAUCGAGAUCGAAAAAAUUAGACGUUCCGUUUUCGUGUGUUUACCCAACAUCGCAAUCAGUUUCUUCUUUUGGAUUUCAACUAAAGCAAGUGAUUCCCAAGCUGGUGAAGGAAGAAAGAGGUUUCGGUAAUUUUGAAGUUCGAGUUGACCUUUACACUGACGACACUUUCACAAGGCCAUUGAACGAUGCAAGUUAUCCACUAGAAGUUGAAGUACAGGAUAGGGUAUAUUUCGAGCUGAAUAUUGACACCACUGACCCUCGGCUUAAAGUUUUUGCUGAGAAUUGCUCUGCCACUCCAUCCCAGAACAGAAAUGACCCAAGAAGAUACUGGCUUAUACAGAAUGGAUGCAAGUUGGAUGAAACCCUCGAAUACCAUGCACCUGGUGUAAACUCUCAACGAAUGAGCUUUGAGGCAUUCACAUUUGUUGGCGCUGAAGACUCUGUUGCAUAUUUGCAGUGUGAUGUCGUAAUCUGUGAUGCAAAUGAUCCUAAUUCACGAUGCAACGCUGGUUGUCUGCCAUCUGCACGACGCAGAAGGGCACCUAUCAUCAUAUCUACACACAAUAAGGCUUCGGGAAAUAUUCGCAGUGGACCAAUGCUUGUGACACACAAGAAGUUGAGGCGGCCCAGGCGUGAGGUCCAAAUUUCAAACUCAAACUUGGCUGUAGUUAAAACACAACUGACACCAAGAGCUAUCAGUAAAUCAGGAGUUGCUGUUGUGUCCUUUGGUGCCCUGUUGCUGAUUGUUGUCGUUGCUGUUGUGUCAUUGUUUGGAUAUCGCUCUCUCAAGAAGCGGACAGAGAACACUGCAGUUUUCUUGUAAUAUGUCUUUAUACGCUAUAUCAUAUUACUCGCUUUUUAUAAUAUUUUGCUUAUUAGAUUUAGAUAUAAAUAAGUUGUGACUGAACAAAGUUUUACAGCUGGCCUUGAAUUCUAAUGAAAGCCAUCACAAUGUCAUCAAUUCGGAAUCCUUAUUUGCAAACCUUUGUGAACCUAUUUGCGAGGUUUAAUUGUGGAUCUGUUAAACGAAUUUGUUGUUUUGCCAGGUACGCGUAGGAAGUUGGACAAUAAGUUCUAAUUUUAGUUUCAGCAUGACUUUUAAAAAGAUUGUAUACCAAAAGUAGUGCUCAUAGGGAAUUGUGAACAUUCUUCGCUGGUUUUUCAUUCUUAUUCGCUGAUGUCAAGUUAUAAAAUACAUCGUUUUGGGUGUUUUAAUGUUUGUACUGAGUAAAAAUGUAGACAGCUUUUUUUGUGCCCUUUUCCGUGAAAUCAUGUACAAACCUUUCCUUGUAAUCAAUUCAAAAUCAUUUCAAGCAGUAUCUGCUACUUCUAACUAUAAAAGAAAGCCAUAAAGUGUAUCAAAAGUUUACUCUUUGAAAAUCCACUAAUGCUAUUACUGGACCUGUAGUUCGUGCGGACUUCACGGAAAAGCAUAUUAGAUGACAAACGAUUUGUUAUAUUGUCAUAAUUUCUCCCAAAUAUUCAAAUCUAGAGAAUGAUUUCCGAUUUUAGGAUAAUUUUUAGUUUACUAAUUAAAAUGGCUAGCAAAAUUUUCAAAUAUUUAUCAACUAUAUGUCAACAUUUUAUACGUUUUUUAAACUUUUGUAUGACAACUUUAGUAUCAUGUGACAAUUAG